UUCCUGUGCAUUCCACCCAGGCACUUUGUGCAUCCGGGAGGUGUCGGAAACCUGGUCCCCCUCUCGCUGAUGUGUGGGAAGUAAUGAACUCAGGACAGUCUGUCCAAGCUCUGAUGACUCUUAGAGUCUGAUCCCACUUCAUGGGGAAAUUCCCAAGGGACUGCUUUGGAGGCAUUUGUUUAUGGAGAGUUAUCACCUGACUAGUGUUUACUGGCUGAGCUUAUUUUUACAGGGAAUUUGGUCACAUCACAAGGCGAGGCUGAGAGCUCUUUAAAAACACCUUUCUUUAAUAAAUAAAUGGUUUGCCCUGCGAAGGCUCCUCCAGGGAGGGUUUAAAAGCCUCAAAUAUCAACCCAAGCUAAUGGAGCCAGAAUUUCCCGGGAAAGUGUCUCGGGCAGGGGUUUGCCCCAGUUACUGUUCAGAUACCACUGCCCAGCUCCCUGCUCUACCCACAUGCUGGUGACCCUUUAGGGUGGAGGGGGGGAGUGUCUGCUUUCUGAAGAGGUGGCACAGUGCAUGCUCGUGGCUUGGCUAGUAAGACUACCAGGCUAUUCUUUCCCUCUGGGCACAGUGCAGAACCCCAGAAAUAGCCUGGGGCCAAUAUACCCUCUUCUCUUUGUUUGGCCAACAAGUGCAGAGCUGGGGCUGUGCUCAGGCAUAUGGCUGAAGGUCAGCACCCCGUGUAAGCUUGCAAGCCCAGAGACAGCUGCCAGGCUGACCUCGCCCGGACUACUAUUCCCAAUGACUAGGCAUGCACAAAGGGGGAGACAGUAUCUGUCUGGCGGCUGGCAAGAGGGUGGGGGGAUGAAUUGUGCUCUUUAGAUAUCAGACACCUUCACCUCUUUUAAGUGGGCCACCCUAACACUCCUGUGCUUUCUUUGGCAUGUCCGAGAGACGCAGAGCCUCUGAGGAUCUGGAGUUGUUAUGCUGCCCAGAGGUGGUUAAAAUGCCAAUCGCGUCUCAAAAGACCAGUGAGGUCCCACACUGGAGCAGGCCAUGCAGUCACCGUGGCUGUACCAGGCCCAGAGGUCUGUGCUGCCUCUGGGUGGGAAACCUCAUGUCCUGCAGAAGGUCGGGGGGGGGGGGGCCUGUCUGGGAGAGUGGCCUCCAUAGAGCCAGGUGUGCUGUUUGCCCACGGUGCCUACGGGUCUGGGUAGAGGAGGAAACUCCCCUGCCCACAAGUGCCCUGUGUUGGCGAUUAGUGGCCGGGCUCUCCGGGCUCAUCCGCUUCCUCCUGCUGCAUCAUGGCAGGACACAGACCGUGCCCGGGGCUGAGCCACCGACCCACACUGGUGUAAACGAGGGGCCCUUCAGCGGCGUUAGACUGGUGCGAGUGAGAGCAGAAUCCGGGUCCGUGGGACCAAUCCCCCCCUGCCUUUGUGCCAUUGCCACAUGGGUGCCAAAUGCUGUCAGGGCGGAGCGGCAAGGCAGCAACGUGCCGCGGGGUGAAAAGAAACCGGGGAGCCCCGCUGCUCCCCCACCCGUCAGAAAUGCAGAGGAUCCCAUGGUUAACGGGUCAGCCGCCUCGCUUCGGAAACGCCUGCUCGACAGGACGGCGAGAGAAACCCCCCAAAAGCAGACGGGAAAGCGAGGAGCCGGGGGCGGGAAGGAAAGUUCAUCUCAACAGCAGCCUGAAACAAUACAAGGCAGCUCUGUGGGCUGCAGCAUCUUUCCUCAAACUGUGCCUGACCCCCCGGGUGCCGGGAGAGGAGCCGGAGAGUCCUGGACGUGCCCGGGGGGUCUGUGUGCAGCUGCCGUGGCCUGGAGGAGCUGGGAUCCCGGGAGCGCCGCGCUGCCGCGAGCCGGGGGAGGAGAAGGAGGGACAGGCUCCGCGAUUGCUCGCUCCCGCAGCGGACGCUCCGUUGCCGAGGCGGGGGGGGGGGGGGGGGAAUUACUUUGAAUUCUCCUCUCCCCUUGGUGUGUUUAACUGAGCGCGCCCGCAGCCUGCUCGCUUCACCCGCAAAUCGGCCACAACCAGUCUCCAGGCAGCGGGGGAAUGAGCUUCCCGGGCGACAGGGUGGGAGGCGCCGAGCCGGGCGCCCUCCCUGCCCGCGCGAGUAGUACAGUCCGGGGGGGCCGGGGGGGCUCUCCGGCGGCCAGCUGAUUCCGGCAGCCGCGGGGCUCAGAGGGAGCGGGGGCGGCGGCGGCGCGGCAGGUUGUGCUGAGAAGGGUCCGUGCAGCGCCGAGGCAGGCUGGGCAGGUCGCCGCUCCCCGGCCAUUGUCUGGGGCGGCGAGUCAGCGCGGCUCGUUCAGCCUCGGCCGCAGGGGCGUGCGGCAUCCGGAGGCGCCUCCGCCGCCCCGGGGGAAGCUGCCGAGAGCGGGGAGCCGCUGGUUCUCUUUUAACCACAUCCGCGCCCCAGCUAGAAACAUCUACAGGCGUUUGUCACCGUUUCCCUCCAUUUUGGAAAGAAUCCCCCGGCAGCCGGAGCCGGGGCAGCUGUUCUCAUGGCGUUCAGCCCCUGGCAGAUCCUCUCCCCGGUCCAGUGGGCCAAGUGGACGUGGUCCGCUGUGCGAGGGGGGGGUGCUGGCGACGGCGAGGAUGGCGGGGUAGACCGAGAAAUAGAGGAGGACGACUCGCAGGCGGAGACCAAGUCACUGAGUUUCAGCUCGGAUUCUGAAGGCAAUUUUGAGACCCCUGAAGCAGAAACCCCAAUCCGGUCACCUGUAAAGGAGAUCUGUGACCCAUCGCUGGGAUUGGAUGUGGCCGAGGCCAGGACCCAAGAAUUACGUGAAGAUGAUGAACAGCUGGUAGCUGAAAUUUCUGAGACAUACGUACCCCAGAAGCACUCCGAGGAUGAGGUGCAAUCGCCUCUUGCAGUUCUUCAAGGUGACAAGAAUUCUAAAGCAGAAGCUGACUGCAAACUUGAUGAAGAUUCAUCCGUGACACGAGUUGCACCAGAAACAGAGCCGCCUUUGGGUAUUUCUUCAGCACUCACAAAAGAAACUGAUUCUCCAUCUUCAGUAGUGUCGGCUCCAGACCAGACUUUGUCAUCCAAUGUACCCACAGCUACCCAAGCGUGGGUGAUGUCAGAAGAAGACAUGGUUGUCACUCUCGAAGGGUUGGCUGAUGCUGAGCCAAAGGCUGAAACUUUUGCCCUGGAGUCAGUGCCAAGCAAGAGCAAGCUCAAGAAAGUGAAACCAUCUUCCCUUAGGAAGAAAACAGCUGGAGAGACCCCAGAAACGGAAACCGUCACGGAGGGCAUCCCUGUCCCCAAAGCAUCUUACCAGCUCAAUCUAGCUGAGUAUGAUGAGAAAAUAAACCCCUUUGUGAUGGGAGGUUCCAAAAUACAAAACUCUCCUCCUGCAGCUCAGCAAACCUUCAUGGCUUCAAACAGUGAUACCAAUGAUUCGGGGGUGGAGUUGACUGAGGAGUCCAGGGGCCAUGCUCUGAAGCUGGAAUUUGAUUUUACGGAUGGGGCGGAGAACGGAGAGGUCAAGAAAGCCCUGCCCAAGAAGAUCGGCAGGAAACCUGCCAGCAAACUAACUCCGAGACGACAAAGAGAAGCUGGUAACAAACCUACGAGUGCUGAUGGCCCGGAACAGGCUUCAGCAGAGGUGCCUCUCCCCAAAGCCUUGUACCCGGUGGAUCCCAGUCAGUGGGAUGAUCCUAACUUCAACCCUUUUGGCAGCAGUUCGAACUUGCAGAACUCCCCACCCCUCCCAAAGGCUUCCUAUCAUUUUGACCCCAACAACUUUGACUCAGCGGAUCCUUUUAAACCCACCAAGAGCUUAGCUAGCACAGCUGCUGACUCCUGCCCCACAGCUGAUAACAAUCUCAAUGAAAUCCUGGAGUCUCAGACCCUGGAGGUUCAGGGCGAGGAGCUGAUGAUAGGCAAAGCCUCUCCAAAGAAGGCCAAGUCGCGCUUGAUAACGAGUGGCUGCAAGGUGAAGAAAUAUGAGAUGCAAUCCCUGGUCCUGGAUGUUUGCACUCAGGAUGAAGGAGCAUUGAUCUCAAAAAUCCCAGACGUUGCAAAUUGCGAUGGUCACGCUACUGACGAAGAGAAGCUGGCAUCUACAUCCUCCAGUCAGAAACCAUCCGGGCCAGAGGUGAAAGGUGAGCCAGAAGACGACCUGGAGUACUUUGAAUGUUCCAAUGUUCCCGUGUCUACCAUAAAUCAUGCGUUUUCAUCCUCAGAAGCAGGGUUCGAAAAAGAAACAUCCAAACAGAAGGAGAAGGAUGGGCCCAGCAGCACCCUGGGCGAUUCUGGACAGUGCUCAAAGGACAAAGCCUCUGGGGCCAUGACGACCAGAGCGAGUGGAAGUGAAAGUCCUCUGGAAAGCAUUUGCCUCAGUGAAUCUGACAAAACAGCCGUGCUCACUUUAAUAAGAGAGGAGAUAAUCACUAAGGAGAUCGAAGCAAAUGAAUGGAAGAAAAAAUAUGAAGAGAGCCGACAAGAAGUCUUGGAAAUGAGGAAAAUCGUGGCUGAAUAUGAAAAGACCAUUGCCCAGAUGAUAGAAGAUGAACAGAGGACAAACAUGGCCUCCCAGAAGAGUCUGCAGCAGCUCACAAUGGAAAAGGAACAGGCCCUGGCGGACCUGAACUCCGUAGAAAGGUCCCUGUCGGAUCUGUUUCGGAGAUACGAGAACCUGAAGGGCAUUCUGGAAGGGUUCAAGAAGAAUGAAGAAGCUUUGAAAAAGUGUGCUCAGGAUUACUUAGCCCGGGUCAAACAGGAAGAGCAGCGGUAUCAAGCCCUGAAAAUCCAUGCAGAAGAAAAAUUAGACAAAGCCAAUGAAGAAAUUGCUCAGGUGCGCACAAAAGCAAAAGCUGAGAGUGCAGCUCUCCAUGCUGGGCUGCGCAAAGAGCAGAUGAAGGUGGAAUCGCUGGAGAGAGCCCUGCAACAGAAGAACCAAGAAAUCGAAGAGUUGACCAAGAUCUGUGACGAGCUGAUUGCAAAGAUGGGAAAGACUGACUGAGCCUCGCCACCCUUUGUCCAACACUCUGCACUUGGCUGUUUUUUUUGUAAUGUUGAGCACCUUGCCUUAUUCUCCAGGAAUGAUCUCCCCUGAGCAGAGAAAAGCACAUGCGCACAGCUUCCUGCCCCACUUGGCAGCAGGAUCCCAUCACCCCAGAGGCAAAGCUGGUGUCCCAAAGGGUUCUAGUCUGAUCGUUUCAAAGGGUUUGCAGCCCCAGGUUUUUAGGGCUCAGCUCAGUUUCACCCCGCACACACACCCUGGCGUCCACAGCAUGUGGUUUUGAUUAACUGGUUAAUCCUACAGGUGAAAUGGUUUGCCUGAAAGUGGUUUGAUUAAUUUCUGAUAUGCUGAUCCAAGUGUAUAUUCAUGUAACAUGUCAUAGCAAGUCCUGAUCCCAUGCCCUGCCAGCAGCUGGGGAGGGAAGCCCAAGUGUCUCUCUGGGUAUGUCUACACUGCAAUCUGAGGUGCGAUUGCCCCUCAGGUAGACAUACCUGCGCUAGCCUGGGUAAAAAUAGCAAUGUAGAUGCAGCAGCAUGGGCUUCAGGAAUGCACGUAGGUACCCUGGUGUGUUUGUACUGCCGUAUCUACAUCGCUGUCCUUAGCCAUGUCAGCCUGAGCUGCAGUCACGCCUCAGAUUGCAGUGCAGAGGUACCCUUGGUCAGUGCACUUUAUUGUCCUUGCACUAGGGCUUUCUGUUCUCUCUCUUCAGCCUUGGUAGGUCCUUCCUCACAGCUGCACACCUGGAUCUUCCGUCCAGACAGGUGUGCGUGCAUAUUUGGUAACAUACUUCGUACAUCUCCUCUUGGGGUUGUACCACUUCCCCUGUGCUGCCCUCUGGCACCAUCAUUUCCUGAUAUUUAUUAUUAGUAUUUUAAUUGUAAUUCAAAAUAUGCAAAGCAAAACUCUUUGCUAUUGGUUCAAAAUGCUGCUGUGAGAUUAGAGGAGUGACCUCUCCCUUUGGGGACUGCAGAAGGAAGGGAGCAGGCCCUAAUUUAUGCAUAUGGUGAAUGUCCUAAAAGUCAAUACAGAAUGCCAUUUAAAACGAUGCAAAAUGCUCUGGACCGUGUCUUGCUCUGAGAAAUGCCUUUGCAGUUUUACGAAUACUAAAAGAAUCAGAAACUAGUACAAGCAAAGUCAGCUGCAAACAGCUGUUAAAUAAACUCGCAGGUCCAAAUGGGCAGGAAACUGAAUCAUACUAGCUAUGCAAGCAAACCACUCAGUGGAACUGUAGUGUGCAUUUUCCCUUUAUUUGCACCAAUGCAGAAUUGCUGAAGCACCUUUCAUACUGCAGUAGAGACCCAGAAGUUCUGCAGGGUGACAUAUAUUUAAAUGUAUGUAGAUUGUUUUUGUACCAUACUUGGAAUGCUGUUGCAUGAGCCAACAUUAGCAAUGAGUUUUACCUGUUGCGCAUUGGCAGUGCUUUCCCACCCUGCAGAGUUGCAGCUGGUCUCAUCCAUGUGGCAUUCACUAGGGUGCAGUACCCCUAGCCUGACAGCAGUGAUGCUCACAAGCUGUAUGAACUGUUCUGUCCAUACUAAUUUCUCUUGGUCAGGGAAUUAUGCUUUGGAACCAUUUGUCUGAGGUUUUGUGCAAACCAGUCCUGAUCUUCAGACACAGAAAUGUCACUCCAGAACAAAACAUGGGCUGUGCUAGGCAACAGGUGUGGGGCCAGUGGAUCCUAUUUUAAAGUCCUGGGUGGAUAGUGGUGAAGUAUCAAACCAGGGAAGGAUUUGCUGUUUUGGAGCUGAGCCCUCACUAGUGGCAGAUAUAAAAGGUUAGCAAUCCUUUUGGCUGCUACCAUUUCAUAACAAAAUCAAACUAUUCUGUUUUCUGGUUCCUAACAUGGAGCAUGCAGAGCACACGUCUUUCUGUUGGAGCCAUAGUUCUAAAAUAUAUUUUAUGAAAUGUAUUCUGUAUAGAGAUCAUUAUUAUACAUUUAACAAGACCAAGAUGGUGACAACCUGCCCCUAGCACAUGACGAGCUAAUGGGAGCAGUCUAGCAUGCCCCCUUUUAAAGUAGUGUCCUUCUGUGCACUGGAGAAGGUCCCUCCGAAAUUAGCCCAGGGGUAGUUCCCUUGGUGGGAUAUGGACCCCCAUCUUUUUUGCGAAUAUUGAGCUCUCUGUGGUGGCAGGAAAGGAAACCCCCCGUUCCUGUGCUGUUCCCCCCAUGUGCAGUAGUUACACAGCUCUCAAGCAUGUUGGUAGGAAAGCUUGGGUCAGAUAAUCUACAGAGGGAGAUGGGUCACCUCUGUCCAGGCAGUACGUGAGCCAACCACAAAGGAGAGCAUGCGGCCAUGACGCUGCUCUUCCUGUCAACCUCAGUGAUCAGAUUACACCAGAGGUAGCCAAAUCCGGAUGGCCGGAUGCUUUAGAACGGAUGCCAGAAUCUUUUAAUUUAUUUAUUAUCAUUAUUAUUGUUAUUUUUAAAAUUAUUUUCUCUGGAGUCUAGACCUUGACUAUACCUUAACCAAGAAAUUUUGGACCUUGACAAAAAAUAAUUGAUUGUCCCUGAGUUAUACCAUAGUUUAGGUGUGGCCAGACUGAAGUAGGACCAUUCUCUUUAGCUCACUCGUUUCCAGGUUAGCCCUUUCCAGAACGCACCUAAAUCGUGUUGUGAUUCUUGAAUAAUAAUAAAUCUUUCUUGGCAGGUGGGAGCUAGAUGUUACUGCAAGUGGAUGAUGGCAAAUAGAUGAAUGAAGGGUGAGCCCCCAAAGGUUCUGUUUAGGAAAAAAGCCAAACAUUGAGAUGCAGCUCUGAACCUCUAGGGUCUGCAGAUUUGAGAGCAACCAUUCUGGGAGGAGCUCGGCAUCUCCACUUCCAGCCCCAACAGGGAUGGGUAAAAAGUAGAGGAAAAAAGGUUGUGUGGGGAAGGAGAGUUAUCAGGUAUUUUUCAGGUCCCAAAAUAAGUUAUUUGUUAAUUUGGGUUAGUUUUGAGUUGGGGGCAAAUUUCAGGUUGUUUUUAUUUUAUCAGGAUCCAUUUAACUCUCCCCUAGUAACAGUGGGCAAAAUUCCAGCACAAGAUCCAUGCUCCACUCAUGUCGCACAUUAGGAUUGUGGUGAGACUUGAGUGGUACCGAGUGGGCUAGUCCUCUGCACAGGUGUGAAUUUCACCCAACGUGCUCGAAAUGUUGAGUUUUCAGUAAAGCCGUUCAUAGACAUGAUUAUAAAAGAGUAGCCAGGAUCCUGGGCUGAGCUGCUCUCUGCAAAGAGUAUCCGUGUUGUAGCAGAGUUUAGAUCAGUGGUUCCCAAACUAGGGCCGCUGCUUGUUCACGGAAAGCCUCUGGCCGGCCGGGCCGGUUUGUUUACCUGCCGCGUACAAGCGGUGUGGGCCGAGGGACGUGCUGGCCGCCCUUCCCGCAGCCCCCAUUGGCCUGGAGCAGCGAACCGUAGCCAGUGGGAGCUGCGAUCGGCCGAACCUGCCGACGCGGCAGGUAAACAAACCGGUCCGGCCCUCCAGGGGCUGUCCCUGAACAAGCGGCGCCCCUAGUUUGGGGACCACUGGUUUAGAUAGUAACCAAAUGGCAUUGAAAACCUGCCUGGCAGCUCCAGAACCAAAUCUGUGUUUUUGUAAAACAUUAUUCUACUACCCAAUUAGAAAAGCCUAAGAAUAAACAAGAGAUUGCCACAGAACUGAGAAGAGGUUUCUUAAGAAAGCGUGUUUAAUAAAAACCCCUUUUAUGUUUGAGUUACAGCACAGGUUCUCCUCAUUCCCAAAAAAAUCCACAUAAAAAAAUUUAAAUUAUGUCCAUUAGUGCACUCUUCCUUUGUUAUGAAUAGUCGUUUGAUGUGAUCUCUGCCCUCAGAUAUGAUGCCCCAUACUAUGCCACUCAUGUUCACUCCCACCUGUGUUCAGAGAAGCGAAAAGCAGGAAAGGUUUGCUUAUUGAGGGCUAAAGUCUGGAGAUGCAGCACAUUAGGGCUCAGGGAGACUGAUUCCUCAAAUUGUAGCAUGUUUGGAGGGAGCUGUCUCUCUGUGAGGUUUUACUGCGUUGCUCUGAGAUGAUGCGUCCUUGCAGAGAGGUUUUGUUAAACUCCAGAGAACACCACUCCAUAAAAUACGGGCAUGAGUCUCAGCAUCUCUGUAGAACUGUAGCUUGCAAAUUACAAAGUAAAUCUUUAACAAACCUCCCGCUCCUCCAAAGGUAAGAGAGCUGAAAUGCAAGACAGUUCUGCAGAGAGCUCCUCCUCCCCCUCAGUAGUAAUCUGAGUUGAGAGCAUUUUCCCAUUUGUAUCUGUUCCCCAGAGUCCAGUGAUUGCACUUUCACUGUGUCUAUCAUCUGAGUGUUGUUCCAUUUCUGUGCCUCUCAGCAUGCCCUUAGAAUUUGGGCAAAUGAGAUUCCUAAGGAAUGAUUUAUUAACUAUAAUAUGGUUAUAGUUACAUAUAUAAUGGUUAUAGUUAUAUAUAAUGGAAGAUGUAUGGAACUUUAAAUCAGUGAGACUGUUUUAUCUUUUAUGCUGCUUUAUAGUGUCCAGACCCAGAAGCAAAGCUUUGGUCUAGACUGGCUCAUCAUCUGAAGACCCUUCUAUUCAGGUCUGUAAAGAUGCCGCUCCAUCUUUUGCUGUUCAGCAGCAUUUGCAGGAAGAUCUGAAAGUUGCUGCUGUUCUCUGUACAGGGAGAUAAUGGCAAUACUCGAGCUUUGCUGAGUAAUUUUUACAAGUGUCUUGUGAACACAAAACUCCUUCCCUGAUGAACAAGCCAAGAUGUAUCGCUAAUACCCGGAAACUUGCAAAUGGCCAUGCACCAAGUUCAAAGCAUGAUCUCUCUCUUUUUUCCUAUAGAAUUGCACCAUCCCUUUUAACUGUCAAAGUUGCCUGCCUGUAAAAUUAUUAAUGUUGCCGUCUACAAGUGUACAUUUGCAAUAGAUCUCUUGUCUGCAGUAAAGUGCCAAUUAAUGACCAUCCUGACUGCAAAUCUGUUUCCACUGCAUCCCUCGUGCAGUCUCUUCCCUCCCAGAGGCAGGAAGAAGGACUCUUUGCAUUGACUACUAUCAGGAUUGCUUUGUACAGUGUAUGUAACUGCCAUCUGCAUAAAUUUUAUAUGUACAAUAAUUUCCCUUUUAUAUGUCAGGUAAAUAUUUGUAAGAGUUAUACUCACACAAAUGAGAUUAUAAUAAUGAUUACUAAUAUAUUUUUUCCAUGUUUCAUUGCCUGAAUAAAAACUGUAUUUACCA